CGAGCCAGUCACUUUCCUAAAUCUUGUGCACCUGCUUCUUGUACAGUGCACGCGACUAGAUGACAUGUGUUGUUAAUAUUAUACACUCGCCUGGCGACUAAAUUGUUCAAAUUCUAGCUUUUUAUAUAAGCGUGCUAGUAAGCAAGUCUUUCAAAAAUAGAUGCUUCGUUUGUUCGUUCCAUUUGCAUUCAUGGCUGAAGUGGCUAAACUAGCUAGCUGGCUAGACUAGCUAGCUAGCAUAGCCUGAUAAAUAAUAUUAUGGCGAAUGUCGUUUAAUUCUUCAGCUACCUUCAGAGUGAAAUACAUCCUUUUUCCUCACCAGCAAUAUGCUGGCCCGGAAGGGCCCACUACUACCGGAUGGGUUCUUUCUGACCCGACUGGCAGAGAAUGCCAAGCAGCCCAACCAGUUCAAAACCAAUUCCCAACGGGCCAGGUUUAUAACCAAGAAUGGAUCCUGUAAUGUGGCCCACAAGAACAUUCGCGAGCAGGGCAGAUUCCUUCAGGAUGUCUUCACGACUAUGGUGGACCUAAAAUGGCAUUACUCCCUCCUCAUCUUCACCUCGGCCUUCCUCUGCUCAUGGAUGCUCUUUGCCAUGAUGUGGUGGCUCAUGGCCUUUGCCCACGGUGACUUGGAACCCCGUGACCCAAACGGGGAUCCCGGGCCCGUGCCCUGUGUCACUGCCAUUAACUCCUUUACCUCUGCCUUCCUCUUCUCCAUCGAAGUGCAGGUGACGAUAGGUUUCGGGGGGCGAAUGGUGACAGAGGAGUGUCCGCUGGCCAUCAUGGUGCUGAUCGUCCAGAACAUUCUCGGGCUGAUUGUCAAUGCUGUGAUGCUUGGCUGUGUCUUCAUGAAGACUGCUCAGGCUAACAGGCGAGCAGAGACCCUCAUCUUCUCUCGGAACGCAGUGAUCGCACCACGCCAAGGCCGGCCCACGUUCAUGUUCCGCUUGGGUGACCUGCGGAAGAGCAUGAUCAUCUCGGCCACUAUUCAACUCCAGGUGAUCCGCCGGACAGUCACCACUGAGGGUGAGGUGAUCCCUGUCUGCCAGCUGGAUAUCCAGGUGGAGAAUCCCCUUAGGAGCAACGGCAUCUUCCUGGUGUCCCCUCUCAUCAUUAGUCACACCAUAGAACGUGGCAGCCCACUCUAUGAGGUCUCCGCCCACUCCCUGGCCACAGAGGACAUGGAGAUCAUUGUGAUUCUUGAAGGUGUGGUGGAGACCACAGGUAUCACCAUGCAGGCGCGUACUUCCUACACCCCCGAGGAGAUUCUGUGGGGCCGGCGUUUCGUUUCCAUCAUGACAGAGGAGGAUGGCCGCUACUCAGUGGACUACUCGAAGUUCGGGAACACGGUCCCUGUGCGCAUGCCCGCCCUCAGCGCCAAGGAGCUGGACCAGAUACGAGGAGUGCAGGAGGGGGACGUGCCUGAAGGCCAGCUACAGGGCUGGGGAUUGGUCAGGGCUGGCAGGGGAGGGUUCCGAAGAGGGGGACGGACUUGUGAUAGCAGCUCUGCCUCCCGGCCCUGGUAUGCAGCACAGCCAGAGAAAGAGGAGCAUGUGAAAGCAAAGGAGAAGAAUGGGCAGAAGAAAACAGUUCAGCUGGAAGAGAUUGGUCGAAAGAUUGAGGUGGAAGGUCUGGGAGACUUUAGUGACAGGGAAUAGUAAAAUUGAUGCCAGAAAAUAAGGUUCAUGUAUUGAUAUAAUGCUCUCGUGAAAUGAUUACCUUUGUUUUCAUUUUUAUUUGUGUAAAUAGUUGUGUUGACUUAGGACUUUAUUCAGUCCACACCACGGAAGUUUAGUUUUACAGCUGAUUGAAAUCUAAUGUUCCUGCUUUAGCGGAGACUGCAUUCAUGGUAAACGUUGAAUAUGUUGGCUCAAUCAGAAAUUACCUUUACAUUUAUAUUGUGGGAUCUGUAACGCCUCCGCUUUACAGAUUGAAUAGAGCCCUUAGUCAACAUUAUUGUCAUUGUUAUUUUACCUUAACAUAAAUGAAGUUAAAUUGUAAGAAAGCACAAAGUAUAGACUCAAGUAGCUUAUUUUAAUGGAGAGGGUUCCCAGAAUCCUUUUUAGAUCCCACUGCAUCCCACAUAAUGCCACGGGAUGUUUGUAAUAUUGUAUUUAUUGAUAACCAAUUUUUGAUGUGAACAUUAAAUUAUAUUCCAAAUGUUA